AAGAGACAUGGCUAGGGUUUUGCUUCUUCAUGCUUUAUAUCUCUGAUUGUUGAAAACCUAUCUAGUCGCUUGCAGCCGAGAGAGUUUCCUCCUGUGAAGUGCUGCAUUCCGACGGCUCUGUAAGUCAUGGUGAAGCAUAAUAAUGUUGUGCCUAAUGGGCACUUUAAAAAACACUGGCAAAACUAUGUGAAGACAUGGUUUAACCAACCUGCUCGAAAAACAAGGAGACGUAUAGCUCGCCAAAAGAAGGCUGUGAAGAUCUUUCCUAGGCCUACAGCUGGACCUCUUCGUCCCACUGUUCAUGGACAGACUUUGAAGUAUAAUAUGAAAUUGAGGGCUGGAAGAGGGUUUUCUCUUGAAGAACUCAAGGCUGCAGGUAUUCCCAAGAAACUUGCUCCUACAAUUGGAAUAGCUGUUGAUCAUCGCAGAAAGAACCGUUCUUUGGAAGGCUUACAGGCCAAUGUUCAGAGGUUGAAGACCUACAAGGCCAAAUUGGUUGUCUUCCCAAGACGCGCUGGCAAGUUCAAGGCUGGUGAUUCUGCUCCUGAGGAGCUGGCAACAACAACCCAAGUACAAGGGCAAUUCUUGCCAAUUGUACGUGUGAAGCCAUCUGUAGAGCUUGUUAAGGUCACUGAGGAGAUGAAGUCAUUCAAGGCGUAUGACAAGCUGCGGGUGGAACGGAUGAACAAGCGUCAUGCUGGUGCCAGAAUGAAGAAGGCAGCAGAGGCCGAGAAAGAAGAAAAGAAGUAGGAACCUAUAACCUUGUCAAUUAGCAUUCAAGGUUGAUGUUGGUCUACAUUUUUCAAUAUCUGCAUGAUUCUGUUUAGUGGAAUUUUCUCAAAUACAUUAGUUUUAAUAGCGUUCCGAAUGUUGGUUUAAGUUUUUAUGAUAUACAAUAUGGUUGGACUUGUAUUCAUUUUA